CUAUUCCAAAACCGCCAAAGAUGUGACCUUGAUUGUUGACCAUUCUUUGACCAAAUUAAGUCAUACCCACCAAUAAUGGCCGCACGUACCCCUAGUCCCAACUUUAAUAACUACCCACUAUGCAUAACUACCUAAACACACUCUCAUCACUAUCAUGUUCUCGUGCUUAUAUAUACAGACCCUGCACUUUGCAUUGGUUUAUCACUACUUUUUGCUUCUUCAACAUCCAUUCUUAAUAAAGCAUGUCACAUCUAUUUAAAUGUGUGAUUCUUUUCAUCAUGCUGUGUACCACAGCUGCGAGGGAGUUCAAAGUUGGUGAUCACUUUGGUUGGCGUGUUCCUGAUCCCACUGACACUUCAUUCUACACCCGUUGGGCUGAAAGAAACAGGUUCCAAGUUGGAGAUUCUCUCGUGUUUGAGUACGAGAAUGACUCGGUUCUAAGUGUGGAGGAAUGGGACUACUUUCACUGCGAUGCAAGUAACCCCAUCACAGCCUUUGACAAUGGCAAGAGCAUUCUCAAUCUUGAUAGCCCUGGUGCCUUCUACUUCAUCAGUGGAACCGCUCAUCAUUGUAGCAGAGGACAGAAGCUUCUUGUGGAGGUUAUGUCCCCACAACAUCAUCCAGUUCCAGUUCCAGUUCCAGAAUCCCCACCACCCUCUUUGCUUGCACCUCAAGGUAUCUCGCUGUCGCCGAUGUCUCCUUCGCCUGAAGCCUUCUCCCCAGUAGCUUCAUCUCCUUAUGAUAGCAUAGCAGAAGAUUCAACCUCUAUUAUGCUUAGUAAUUCAGCAGUUAUGGCUCCCUUUGCUACAUUUUUGGUUGUGUUACUCUUAGCACUCUGAAUGUACCUCUUGUUAUGUUUUUUUUUUUUUGGAACUCCUUGGUUGUUUAGGCAUUAGUGCAUUACCAUUUAACCUAUUCUUUUUCUGCAGCAGAGACUUUGAUAUAUUGUAUGGAUUUGUAUUGUAUUUAAUUAUUUAUUUAUGAUCA